ACGCGGAAACAAGUCUGGAAUUAGUAAAGCCGGAGCAGGAAAAACGGGCUGGGAAAGGAGUCAUGUCAUGACGAGCUCGUCUUCAUCGCUUCCGGUGUCGGCUCGGCUCAUCCGUCCGAGGAUGGAACAGGGAGUGCCGUGUGAUUGACGGGUUCAGUCACAGGGCACGACUUCACAUGGAGCCAGCGGCGAAGAUCGGUCGGCUCACACGGAGCAGCCUGGCAGCUUCCUGCCCGGCUAUGAACGGCGGCGUGGUCGUCUUCUUCGCUGCGGUGGUCGCCGGAGCUUUGGUCUCCGCUUGCUGGAUGUCUGCAGGUGCCAGGUUCCAGGUCACUUCGAUCACUUCGGUUGCCACUCGAGCCAUAGCGCAGAAUGGUGCCGCGAGCCCGGAACGGGGGCCGACUCUGCCACGCCUCGCCGACCCGGACACGAACCGAACGCCGUCCGCGCCGCCGCCACGGCAACAGACACAACCUGCCCCGGCUCCCGAACCCGCCGCGGCGGCGACACCGCCUCCGCCGCCGCCGUCCUCCUGUCCGGUCUACUUCCGGUGGAUCCACGAGGACCUGAGGCCAUGGCGGGCCACGGGGAUCACACGCGAGGCGGCGGACGGCGCCGCCCACAGGUACGGACCCAAGUUCCGCGUCACGGUGGUCGCGGGCCGCCUCUACGUCGCGCGCUACGGCCGGUGCUUCCAGACACGGGACGUGUUCACGAUGUGGGGCAUCCUGCAGCUGCUCCGCCGCCACCCGGGCCGCGUCCCCGACAUCGACCUCGUCUUCGAUUGCCAGGACACGCCGGUCGUCAACGCCGGCGGCCACACCCCUCCGCCGCCGAUGUUCGGGUACUGCGGCAGCGAGAGCACGGUGGACAUCGCCUUCCCUGACUGGUCGUUCUGGGGUUGGCCGGAGCUUAACAUAAAGCCAUGGGAAGCGCUGCGAGGUGAGAUCGCCGAGGGGAACGCCGCCGUGAACUGGACGAGCAGGGCGCCGUACGCGUACUGGAAAGGGAAUCCCACGGUGGGAGCCGAUCGCCGGAAUCUCCUCAGGUGCAACGCGUCCGGCAAGCGUAACUGGAACGCGCGGAUAUAUGCGCAGGAUUGGAGGAACGAGGUGCGAGAAGGGUUCAGGGAAUCGGACCUGGCAAAACAGUGCACGCACAGGUACAAGAUCUACAUCGAAGGCAGGGGUUGGUCAGUGAGCGAGAAGUACAUCCUGGCCUGCGACUCGGUGGCGCUCAUGGUGCGGCCGAGGUACCACGACUUCUUCUCGAGGGGGCUGAUGCCGAUGCAGCACUACUGGCCCAUCCCCGGUGGGCGCGCCAUGUGCCGGUCGAUCAAGUUCGCCGUGGACUGGGGCAACGCUCACGCCGACAAGGCACAGGAAAUGGCUGGGAAUGCGACCAGGUUCAUGCAAGAGGAUCUGACGAUGGACCGUGUCUAUGAUUACAUGCUUCACCUUCUGACAGAGUAUGCUAAACUGCUGAAGUACAAGCCCACGGUGCCUGACACGGCCGUCGAGGUCACCGUGGAGUCCAUGAUGCACGGAAGGCGGGGUCGAGAAAGGCAGUUCAUGGUGGACACGGUGGUGAACGGUUCCGGCGGUGGAGAGCCCUGCGAGCUGCCGACGCCUUUCAGCUCCGAGGAACUGGAAACGCUGAGGAGAAGACAGGCGGAUGCGGUGAAACAUGUUGAGACGUGGGAGAAGCAAUAACAGAUUGACAGGUGACGAAUCGCUGAAGGAUGGCCUAUAUGUACAGAGUACACCAAUUUAGGGAUAUCAAACUCAUAGGUUGAGUUUCGUUCAAAGAGUAAAAUACAGAAUUUUGAAAGUAUAAAUACUUGACAUUCAAAUUUUGUUUGGUUUUACCCUUUAGCUAUUUUGAAAGUAUAAAUACUUGACAUUCAAAAUAUGUCCAUUUCGCUACCCUUAGCCUUUUGGUUUUACCCUGCUACACGUGAAAUGUGUUGUGGUUUGUAAAAUCUAGGCGUUGAGACGAGUUGCUUUCUAGGACAACAUUUGCACCCAUAUAUUUUGUUUCUACUACUUAUACUUUUAAGUCAAAAUUUAAAAUUUCAACCUUCAAUUUAUAGUUGAUUUUAUGGUUUUUUCACUGAAGUUUAUUUCCCGAGCAAUUUUAUUAUCCUUGAGUAAGUACCAUAAGGUACCACUGUUUUCUAUGUAUCAAAU